UAUAUUCUAGGCCUCGUCAUGCGCCCUGAUCCGUCUGCAGAUCCUGCGAGUGCAGGUCACUGGGACCUCAAUAAUUUAUGCAUAAUCGCUGCUCUACGCAUGCGCUCAAGUUCCAAAGAGAACGAAUUCCUUCGCGGUUACACCAACGCUUACCUCGCUUGGAACACCCUUAAGUCACGCCAUGAACAAGUCGGGCCCAUCGUGCAGAUCUUACUAAUCCAACAAGCUCUGGCCGUUCGAUACCGACGCUCUGAGCAUCUUUCCACCACUAGUACCCAACUUGGGGAACUCGUGAGACGCAUAUAUGCUAUAGGCAUACCUAAGGAGGAGGAUUUCCUUACCAUCAUGAUGCUCAACACUAUGUCAGAGGACCUCCCCCAUGUCCGUAAUCACAUUGCAGAUGCUCUCUCUGCCAGUACCUCCGCCACGGCAUAUGGCCCCUCCAACAUUUGUUCACGCCUUGACGUCGAGCAACAGCUC